AUGGUAGCCAAGACGAGCUUCCCGGACCUCAACUCGGCUCACCACACCACGCCAUCAUCCUCGGUUUCGUCUGCAUCGUCAUCGUCAUCGUCAUCAUCAUCCGGCAUUCAGGGUGACUCGGCGGGUGCUGAGCGAGCUGCGCUUGCUGAUCUGCACCCCUUCCUCGUGCGUCGCCUGCAGUCGCUCGGCAUCCACGCGCUGUCCGACGUCCAAGCCAAGACACUGCCAAUGAUGCGAGCGGGAAACGACAUGAUCGUCACGUCCCAGACAGGAUCGGGAAAAACUCUUGCUUACUUGCUGCCAUUGUUUGAUCGGAUGCUGCGAGAAUCACACGUCCCGGAAUCCGCCGCAACCCCGGACGCGGUUUGGGCUUCGUUGAACGCAACCCGACGCAAGAACGCUGCCGCAGGUGCAAAAGCCGCAAUGCAGUCGCAGUCGCCCUUCCAUCAGAUGAACAAAACCGCAUCUGUACUGAUUCUAACGCCGUCGAGCGAUCUCGCUGCCCAAAUCAAGUUUGUUUGCGACAGCUUUUUCAAGCUGGAGCGGCAGGACUCGACAGCGGCCUCGUCACAAGUCACGGUGUUGUUUGGCACCACGGCACUGCACUUUCACCAGGCCGAGCCCCACACACAUGUGAUUGUCAGCUCGGUGGACAAACUGUUUGAGUUUUACCCCAGCUUCGAGGCUGCUCGCAGCGCCCUACUCCGAUGGCAAACGCUCAUAGUCGAUGAGGCUGACACAGUGCUGGCCAAUGCACACGUGUCCAAGUUUUUAGUCCAUCUGCAGGUGCAGAACAAGCGGUGGGCAGCGCAACAACGGAAGAUUGCGCUCGGCAAGAUCCAACCACCGCCACAGCACCUCCUUCAACCCUCCCGCAUCCAGCAGGUAUUUGUGGGCGCCAUUCCCACUACACCCGCGCUUGGAGAACGGUCCCCAGCGCUUCUUUCCUUGAUGAAACAGACGUCACCGCUUCCUGUGGUCAUCGGGCGAGGCGAGGCGGGUGCUUCCGCUGCCCCAGUUGUGCCCGCGACUAAAGGGGCUUUGUCCCCAUCUGCUGUUUCUUCUGAAGAUAUCACGACCAUCGCACACCCGAAAGUCUCGUUGGACGAUGGCACACAAACCGUGGCGUCCUCCUCCUCUCAUCCUGAUCCUGCAUCAACGCCGGCGCACGUCGGUAUUCCCACCACCCUUUCCCACUUGCUUGUCCCUAUCAGUAGCCUGGAGGUGGUCCGCGAUAUGCAGGCUCUAAACCAAGGCCCGGCAGCUGGCGAGGACGAGCUGGACGACGCGGCAGCAUUACUGCAAGGCAGUAAUCCGGAUGCUACUGCUGCUGCUGCUGCUGACGAACGAAAGAUGCGGUAUAUGGAACUCAAUCGACCUCAUUUAACGGCAACAAUUGUUGGCAUGAUUUUGGCAAGGCAGCCAGUCUCUGCUACUUCGCUGGGCAAGCUGGCUCUGGUGGAGCAACCUCGUGACGAAGCAGGCGAGACAAGUGCGAGCACGGACAGCGCUACGACAGCAAAUGACCCACCGGCGCCUUCUGCAGUUAGUGGCUCGAAUCCCGAUAUUCUGGAAUUCCCAGCAAAGCAGGAUGCCCAGCCACAGCAGUCGCGCCGCCGACCACCGUGCGUCCUGGUCUUUACAGCGGAUGCAGCACGGGCAGCGGCGGUGCACCUCCGACUGAAAAAGUUUGGCAUUUCCGCCGAGCUGCUCUCCAGCCAGCGCGAGUUGGAUGCGCGGGUGCUGACGACCGCGAGAGCAUCGCAACACUUGGCCAAAGUGAUUGUCGCCACGCCAAUCGCCGGUCUAGGUCUGGACUUUGGGCAAGCCGUCACGCAUGUCGUCAAUCACGAUGCGCCCAACUCUCGAGAAAUGUACUUGCAUCAAGCAGGGCGGACUGGCCGCGCCGGGCGCGCAGGUCAAGUGAUUACGCUGUACGACAACACGACCACGUCGUCGCGCCGCCCAAUCCGCCGCCUUGCUCCAAUGACAUUCUCAUCAUCACCUGCAGCAGCAACCGCAGCAGCAACCACCGCAGCAGCAGUGGAGCGGCGGCUCGCUCAAUCCCUCGCUGCAAACGCCGACAAUCGCACCGCUCUUGGUUCGUUCGCGAUCGAGCUCUUCACGCGCCUCCAGCAGCAGCGCCAGUCGCUCCAGCGCGAGCAGCAGUACAAGCGCAGCAGCCAGUCACAGCCCCAGUCGCCGCCGUCGUCGUCGCCGCGCCACUUUGACCGCGCCUCCCUCGUCCGCCACAACAACAACAAUCACCACCCACUUGUCUCCUCGUCCUCGUCGUCGUCGGAUGCCGCGGCUGUGGCUGCGUCAGCUGCGCUCGCUGCGCUGCCAUUGGGCGUCUUCCCGCCAGAGCUCGUCCUCACGUUUGUCCUGCGCGUGCUCCAGGCCUCCGUCUCGCUGACGGCCACAGAGUCGCCUCUCCUGCGCCCUGCAGAUAUUGCCGCGUCGUCGGACGCGCUGCUGGACGCGGACUUGGCGGUGGACACGUCGUCACUGGCGCCGGUGCAUUACAUUUUUGGCUAUGGUUCGCUCAUCAACGCCAGCUCGCGGUCGCGCACUGGGCAGACCGGCGACGCAAUCGCAGUGCGCGUCUCGGGCCUCGUGCGUGCGUGGAAUGUCGCCUGCCCCCACUCGGGCAUGACUGCGGUCGGCGUCUUGCCUCAGGCCGGAGCCACUUGCAACGGCGUUCUUGUUCCGGUGGUUACGCCCGAAGUCGAUCUGCCAAAGUUUGACAAGCGCGAACGCUACUACCGCCGCGUGUCCAUCCCGCUCGAUGCCAUCACUGUGUAUUCCGGCGACUCGGUCCGCGCACACGUUGCGCCCGCAGCCUAUGUAUGGACGUACAUGGUGCUCGAGCCUCAGGCGCCCAGCCAGAGCUUCCCGAUUGCCCAGACCUACCUCGACAUCAUCCUCUCUGGCUGCUUGUCGUUCAGCCGUGCGUUUGCUGAGGAGUUUAUCGUCUCGACCAAUGGCUGGGCCACCGAGUGGAUUAACGAGCGCCAGUCUCCUCGCUACUCGCGCGCUGCCUGCGAGAGCCGUCCCGAUGCGGAAAUCUUGGACAAUCUCCUCCAGGAAACGCUGGCCAGCUACUUUGCUCGACGCACCGCCUUGGCCGUCUCCGACUCGUACUGA